AUGGCCAAUGAAAAUGUCACAUAUGGAAUGGUAGCAAAUUCACUACUAGAUGACAUGAUAAAUAAUAUUAUAAGGAACCAGGUUGUGACUCAUUUUGCCGACCAUGCUUGUAUGGCACAAGCAACUGUUUCAAUCCCUGAAUUGGAUAAGUUGGCGACAAACUUGCAACUGGCAGAUACCAAUAAGGAUAUCUUUGGUCAGGAUAGGAGCAAACUCAAGGGAAUAGAGGCGUCACGAUAUUUUUCGUGUGACAAUUGUGGGAGAAAGAUUGCAGGAGGAAGGUUUGCUCAACAUAUUAAUAAAUGUUUGGAUAGAAAGAGGAAGUGA